AUGUCGCAUUCGAGUUCUGAAGCGGGUGAGGGCGACGCCCUUUUGAACACCGGCGAGGUAAUCGCAUCUUCUUCUCGAAACUAUUCUACACUUGAACACACGAAUCUUGCCGAAGAAAUAAUCACAAGAGACGGAACAUCUUUGGACACAGACAAAGAGAAGCCUGUUAGCCAUGAUCGAUCGGACGACCCGGAGCGUUCACGCUCGUUAGCUGAAGAGCUUGGCGAUGAAGAUAUCUCUUUGUACGAGAAGAAAUGCUUGCUCAUCAACCGCGAGAUCGACCUCAUGGGCAUGGGUCGAUACCAGUGGUCGAUUUGGGCCCUUUGUGGCUUUGGCUACAUGAUUGACUUGAUGUGGGCACAGGCAUUUGGCCUCGUCCUUUCGCCCAUCCAGCAGGAAAUGGGGUUUGGAGCUGAUCAAACUGGCAAGCUAUCCACUGCCUUUUCGAUCGGACUCACCGCCGGGGCGUUUGUGUGGGGUGUCCUUGUGGACGUGAUUGGGCGAAAGUUCUCUUUCAACCUGACAGUCUUCAUCGCGUGCAUCUUCGGCACUUGCAUUGGCGCUCCAAGCACUUACAACGCCAUUCUGGUUCUUACGGCAUUUACUGGAUUCGGCGUUGGGGGCAACAUUCCCAUUGACACCACGAUAACCUUGGAAGCCACCCCCCAGAGCAAGCGCUACCUUCUUCCCUUAUUGUCCGUUUUUCAACCAAUCGGUGUUGUUAUCUGCUCAGUGCUCGCCUAUGGUUUCAUCCCCAACUGGUCUUGCAGUCCUAAUUUCUCUGAGGGAGAUCGAGCGUUACCUGCUUGCGGCAUCGUUGCUACAGGAGAGGCCUGUUGCUCAAGGGAAGACAACAUGGGAUGGCGCUAUCUACUCUUUACUCUGGGAGGCAUAACAAUACUUGUCUUCGUCUUGCGUUCGGUUAUUUUUACCUUCCAGGAGUCCCCGAAAUUCCUCAUAUAUCGUGGAAAAGAUGCAGAAGCCAUCCAAGUGUUGCACACUAUGGCUCAAUACAACGGUACGAACUGUACAUUGGUCCUGGAGGAUCUCGAAGCACUUGAAAGAGAGUUCGAUUCUGACCGAAAUACUGGACCCAUGCUUGGAGGCGGUGUCAAACAGCUCAAGUCCACAUGGGCUGAGAAGCUGAAAUUAGAAGGCGACCGCUUUAAGAUUCUGUUUUCGAGCUAUCAGAUGACAAGAUUGACACUUUUAGUUUGGCUUACUUACAUAUGCGACUAUUGGGGCUUCACUGUUGCAGGCUCCUACCUUCCACAGAUUUUGGCCGUAAAGAAUGGCGCCCUUGAUCUUUCGCUCCGCUACACCUACCGCUCUUACAUUUUCAUUUAUCUUCCCGGAGUUCUCGGAGUUGUGCUCGGAACUCUGUCUUAUCGUGCAUCACGAGUGGGCCGCAAAUGGACAAUGGUGGUUUCCUCUGCGCUCAUGGGCAUUUCCAUCUUCCUCUUCAGUAGUGUCAACUCGGCAGCUUCGAACAUUGGCUUCAACGUCAUGGAGUACUUCUUCCAAUCCAUGUUCAACUCGGUCUUGUACGGUUGGACACCCGAGGCUUUUCCGGCACCUAUCAGAGGCACGGCAUGCGGUAUCGCGAGUUUCUGGGGCAGGCUGUUCGGCAUUAUCAGUCCACUUAUUGCACAGCAUUUGUAUGCUGGCGGUGGUGCAGGGAGGGACAUCAACAGUGUUUUAUAUCUAGCUGGAGGAGUAACACUGGGCUGUGUCAUCACGACAGCCCUGUUACCCAGCAAGCUUGUCGGCCGGCAGAGCUUGUAG